CUUAAGCUUUUACUAAUGCUAUACACCAUCAUCAAAAAAUAUGACAUAAUCUAAUUUUUUACUUAAAAAUUUUUUGUUUUCUCUCUUGGAAUAUUAAUUUACUUCGUAUGAUAACGUUUUAGACAUCAAAACCUAUUUUUAUCGACUUCUAUUCGAUCAUGAGUCAUCGUGGAGGAGGGCAUGCUCAACGGAAACGUAAAAAUUUUAAGGCAGAAAAGCCAGGAGAAAAUGCGAAUGAAGAAGAUCUAUCACCCAUCGCAAAGGUGUUUUUAGGUUACCAAACUGAACUAGAUGCGCGCUAUGACAAACAUGAAAGGUUGAUCAAGAAGAGCAGAGACUUAACCAUCGAAAGCAAACGUAUUAUAUUUCUUCUUCAUAGAAUUUCAAAUGACCAAAACUGUGAUGAAGUUUUAGAGCAGGCAAAGUUACGUUUGAAUGAUUUAUUCAACACUGUAAUUCAUGAUAUAGCCAUGGAAUUGUCUAAAAGAGAAGUUUACCAGUUUAUUAAGGCUUACAGUGCAGGUCUACAAGAAUAUGUUGAAGCUGUAUCAUUUUACUAUUAUUUGAAAUAUGGUCACUUGAUCAGCAUUGAAAAAGUACAUAAUCAAGAUUUUCUCAAAGAUUGCCCAAAGGGUGAGGAAAAAGUAAAAGAAAAUGAUGUUACUCUGGCAGAAAUGUUGUCACCCACUGAUUACAUCUUAGGAAUAGCAGACUUGACUGGUGAAUUGAUGAGAAAAUGUAUCAACAGUGUUGCCAACGGAGACAUAGAUGAACCUUUCCAACUUUGUUAUGUAUUGCAAAAUAUUCAUGAGGCGUUUUUAAUUUACUCCAACCACUCAAGAGAAUUGAAGAGAAAAAUAUUCACUUUGCAAAAUAGUUUGCGAAAAGUAGAGAAUGCAUGUUAUGCCAUUCAAAUCAGAGGAUCUGAAAUUCCAAAGCAUAUGUUAGCUGACUUUUUCAGCUGUGAUGAAUUCCAAGAAUCUGCAAAUUGUGAAGAUUGAAGUAUUUUUUCAAGUAUUUAUACAUAUACUUAUUUGUUUUAUUAAAUUCAUUUUUA